AUGGCGUCGCCCGGCGUUGGCCAGACGCCCAAGAAGCAUCACCACAAGCAACAACACCACCCCAUGAUCAGGGGCAAGAGGGCCUCGGACAAGCAUGGAAAGCAGCACGACAAGCACAGGGACGAAGCUGGAAAGGCGUCGACAACACCCCGUGCUCGAGCGAAAGGAACGUUGGUGGCCGUCGUCGUACUCUUGGCGUUUGGCUGCAUUGUCGUGUUUACCAGCGUGACGUUGCUCAUUAGGCGGUUGCUUGCUCCCUCGGUGGGUAUUUGCACUACGCCCGGAUGCAUAGGGCACGCAAAGGCGCUCAGGGCCGCCAUGGACGAGUCGGUCCAGCCAUGCUCCGACUUCUACCGAUUCUCAUGCGGCUCGUGGAAGCCCGUCGGUCGGCACGGUUCCGUGAUCGAAGCGAUUUUUGCCCACUCUUUCGACAUCGCGCUCCAGCAACUGAAGAGCAACGCCAACGAUUCAGAUCUUCCUAUUGCGCAGCUGUACUUCCAAAGCUGUAUGGCCGAGCGGUCGGUAGAUUAUAUGAAGAAAGAUGUCCGCAAGUUCGCACAGUUCAAGCGAGAUCUCGGCCUCUUGUGGCCCGAGGAAUGGCCCGAGAAUAGCAGUGUGUCCGUGCCCCCGCUCAGGGUGCUUAUAAAUAUGACCGUUAACUGGAACAUCAACAUGAUCUUCAAUAUACGUGCCAUGCCAGGGUACAAGGCCCGGCCCAGGGCACUUUUCAUCCAGCCAGGACUGGUGAAUCCCAAAUGGUCGCUUGAGGCGGCCGAAAUGGACCGGUCGGUCAAACAGCACUGCGAGUACUUAGAAGUCCCUGCGCCUACGCUGGAACAGAUGGAGAAGCUAAGGGAUGUGUACCAAGCUGUGGUCAACGCAACCCUGGGCUUCACGCCAGACCCCAGAGAUGAGACGAGGACGGUGCUGAAGGAUAUUGACGAACGUACGAAGUCCAAGAAAGACAAGUGGCGGCUUUAUCUGAACGAGAUGUUCUCUCCCGAUUUCGAAUGGCGGCCCGAGGACGUUGUGUUGGUCCAGCACCCCAAUAUACUCAAGAACAUCAACCACCUGCUGGAAAGUAUCGGGGACGAGUCGCUCCUGUUGGGGAUGGCGUGGGCGUUUCUUCGCAUGAACCUCUGGACGAUCACCGGAAAUGCGCAUCUGCGUUACAAGGGCACCAAUAUCGAGCUCGCGGUGAGAAGAAAAACUGCCUGCUUUGCUUACGUGAACGCCAUGUUUGGCCUUGUUGUCUCGACUCGUCACCUGCGCGCACGCUUUCAAGAAGUAGUGCGCGGCUUCUUGGAUUCCGUCUUCGAAAACGUCAGAACCCAGUACCAAAGAGAAUUCGCCGACGCGACGUGGAUCGACGAGCCGGUCAAGACCAAGCUGAGCGCCAAGAUGUCCGAAAGUUUAGACCUCAACUCUCUGCCCGGCAGCGCAUUCUUCUCCAACUUUACCACUGGGGUUUUGUACAAGGAUUUCCCGAAAGAGUCAGCUGGCUCAUUUUUCGACAACUUCGUCAACAUAGCCAAGGCAUAUCGCAAGAAGCUGGCCUCGGACGAAUUCAUCACCACUUUCUCCAAAAGGCUAGGCGAUGGGCACGUGGCAACGUCGUACAGCUACUACUACAACAGCGUCUACUUUGCUGUCGGGGCGCUCGAGCCGCCGCUCUUCCACGUCGACGGCACGUUCGCCAUCACGUAUGGCUCGCUGGGCACGUUGCUCGCCAGUUCCAUGGCUCGUGCGUUCGACGAACGAGGUAUCAAUUACGACAAAGGAGAGGAAUCUCUUUGGUGGAGCUCGGGCCGUGACGCCUACGACGAGCGCUUCAAGUGCGACCUCAAAGCCGGCGGGUCUCGCUCCGGCCACGAGGCCGCUCCCACCAGCCCGCUGUUCCUGUCCAUGCUGGGCUUGAGGACCGCGUUCGCCGCGUACCGCGCUGCCAUCAAGGUCACACACUCAGUGGACAUCUUCCGGCUCAAGGGUCUGGAGGCGUACACUGACGACCAAGUCUUCUUCAUAACGUACUGCCACAUGACCUGCGCCUUGGGCAGCAACGGCGAUGACUGUAACGUGCCGAUUCGCCAGUCGUACAAGUUCGCCACCGCCUUCCAGUGCGCUGACGACACACCCAUGAACCCCAGAAAAAAGUGCACUUUCUUCUAG